AUGCCUAAAUGCGACUACUGCGAUGUCUACCUCACCCACGACUCCAUGAGCGUUCGCAAGGCGCACAACAGCGGCCGCAACCACCUCCGCAACGUCGUUGACUACUACCAGCAAAUCGGCCACGAGAAGGCCCAGUCCGUCAUCGACUCCAUCACCUCGUCCUACGCCGCCGAGGGCCAGGCUCACGCCAAUCCCAUGCUCCCGCAGAACCAGCCGGGCCAUGGCUUCCACGCCCCGCCCCCCUUCCCUGGCUUCCCAGGCGGCGCCCCGCCUCCCUUCCCCGGCAUGCCAGCUGGCGGCCCCCCCGGCCAGUUUCCCGCCGCCAUUCCGCCUAUUCCCGGCGCUGCUGCCGGUCGCGGCAUGCCUCCCAUGCCGCCUUUCCCUCUUGGCCCCCCGGGCCCGAAUGGCAUGCCUCCCGUGCCCCCCAACGGCCUUCCCUUCUCGCCUCCCCCCGGCGGAUUCCCGCCCUUCCCUCCUCCCCCCGGCCCCAACGGUACGCCUGGCCUCCCCGGAGCCCCGCCUCCCAACUUCCCCGGCCUUCCCAACAUGCCGCCCCCCGGACAGGGAUUCCCUCCUCCCGGCAUGGGCGGUCCCCCCGGCGGCUUUCAGCAGGGCAGCCCUUCUGCGCCCGGCCAGGAUCGACGUUAG